UGGCAGAGGGGACAUGGGGACAAAGUCACCAAGAUGAGAAAGUGCUUGCAGCAGGUGAAGAAUGACUAGCAAUUUGGCGUUGUUGGAGCAUGACUGCUGGGGCCAAGCUGAGCGGUGCUGGAGAGCAAGCCAGGCUGAGCCUAGGCAUUCCGCAAGGCCCCAUGGAGUGUCAGUGACACUGAGCCAGAUCAACCCGGUCCCGCCCCAUCACCAUGUGGGCUGGCAGGCAGUCACCAGGCAAACAUGAGUAUGAGUCCCAUGCAGACAGGUGGCCCCAGAGGCAGGAGAGGUGUCAAGCUGAGCUUCCCAAGAAAAGGGGGCCAGUGUGAGGGACAGCAUGGCAGAGAGGAGCAAUGGCAGUGGUUGAUGAGACUGAGGAAGGCAGGCAGAGGGAAGGGGUGGCCUGGCUAGCUCAAAAGCCCUCCGCUGUGCAUGCAUAGAGUCUGCAGGUGGGCCUGGAACCUUCUUUCUUGCCCGGGCAUGCUGGAGCGAGCACAGGCAGCCUCCAGGCUCCACAGGUGGCAGUGGUUGUCUGUUAAGAUGAGUAGUGACGGCCCCCUGCUUGUUUGCUGUGAGAGGAAGGCUGUGGUCUAUGUCUGCUGUUCCCUCAGUUUCCUGUGCUUUCUCUACCUUCAAGGACUCUUGCUGGUCCCCUGGGUCCUCAGAGCUUGUUUGGUGGCAUUUUCUGGGAGAGGAAGACAGACACAUGUAUCAACAGAUUCCCUCCAUAGGAGAAAGGGUUGCUUCCAUGCUUAGGAAGAAGGAAAUGGGCUCCAGGCAAGCUGGGAAGUAGCGCAUGACAGGGCUCCACCCUGUCUCUUCCUGAGAGGCACCCAGUGCCAGGCCCCGGGGGCUCAUUGAUCAGAGUAGGGUAGUCAUUUGCUCUGCUGGUGGUGCGCCCAUCUUCUCUCGUGAAUGGACGCGAGAAGGGAGUAAUCCACUAGUCCACAUCUCAGCUCUGAGAUUUGCCUCAGAUUUGGGGUCUAGUACACCCUCCCUGGAGCCCACUUCCCUCAUGUCUGGGAGAUAGUCCUAUACCACAUGCCUCACUGACAGUCUCCAAGUGUUACCUGGCUCAGAACAAAUCAGACAUUCAGUGGUGCUUGAUAAAAUGCCCUGUCAGUGACCGGAAUCAGACCCCAGGUACAUCCAGCCGUCCCCCAGACCCAGUCUCCCUUUGGGUUUCAGACUUCAUCUAGGGCUGAGGUCCCCAAGCUAUUAAGUGGAGACUUGUCGGCAAGGGCUUCGAGGACAAUGGGGCCACUGCUGGCCUUGUCCAAAGCAGGGAGAGAGACAGCCCAGCCUGUUCCACCCUCUACAGCCUUAGGAUAGCUACCAUGUGGAGGGCUGAAAACCCCCACCCUCCACCUCCCAACCCCCAACCCAUCACUGAUGCUUAUGGGAACUUUUUCCCAGUGACAAAAUUUAAUCCUAAGUAAAUUUUUUCCUUUUGAUAUUUUAUCUGUAGAAAAGAUGACAAAUCCAGAAAAGUACACAUUUUUUCAAUUACCCAGCAUUCCACCACCCAGGCGUAACAAAUGAACAUUUCUCUUCUUCUGUGAUGGUCUGUGCAGCGAGUCUUUUAAAUGGUAUUACGCAGCUCUCAGCACAUCUGCCUCAUCCUGAAACCCGCCUAGUUUCCAGGCCAGCCAGGAGCUCUUGCGGGUGUUACUGGCCCACCUCAGUGACUGCUUGACAGUAUCUCAGCUCUGAGCAUGCCUGCACAUGUGUCCUCCCGAGUCCAUGUGUCAGGCCUGACCACAAGAGCUCCAGGGAGGCCGUGGCCCUAUGGCAGGCACACACGUGGUACUGUCCUCCCGCAGGGCGGCGCCAGAGCAGGGCUAAGGCAGGUCUCUGUCCUUUAUUAUACCACACACUGUCCAGCCCACCCCCAGCCACAGGCAGGGGUGGAUGAGCAGGGUCCCAGCAGAGCAUAAAGAGACUCUCAGCAUCGCAGGCCUCACAGCCUACAGAUCAGUCAUGUAGGUCUCUGUACAUCAACCAAUGUCGCCUCCCGGCAGACAGGACCCACCUUCUUGCUCCUCUGACCAGAAAGCCAUGUACACCAAGGGCAGGGUCUACCAGAAAUGCAGCCCCAGGUCAGGACAUGCACUUGACAGAUCCACAGUUGGGGGGGGGGUGUCUCCCUACAGCAUACCUAAGGCUAAGGUAGAACAUGCAGGCCUGUGGGUGGGAACAGAACCUCCAAAAUAAACCCAACCAGUGACCAAGGAACCCUACCAUAGUGGGACUGAGGGCCACCAAAGAGCUCAGAGCCUCUGGAGCUACCAGCAAGGGCUCUCAGAUGCACAGCUGCUCCUCAACAAUCUUCCCCUCUUGGCCUCAGCCGGGGGCUGCAGCCCUACCCUGAGCCCCCAUAUGUUCCAAGCAGCUCUGUCCUCUUCACCCACAGGCUGCACACCCCCUGGGUGCCCUUGUGCCUCGAGCAGCCCCGAGUCCAGCAGGGCUGCCUCGCUAAGUCCUCACCCUCACUCUGGGACAGGUAGGGCACCUGUCGUCUCCUCCUCUGCACCCUUGCUCCUUGGUGCCUCUUUGCCUGUUCCAGGACUUAUGUCCCAUGUCUGCAUCCUGGGACAGACUCAGGGUCUCUUGGCUCACAAUACAUUGUCCCUAUAGCCCAGCUCCAUUCUGAACUCCUGUAAGUGGCAGAGAAGCCUUGAGCCAUGGGGUCGGCUCUCUAAUGCCUACCUAGGCUUCCAGUGGAAGACAGGACUCAAGACAGCGCUCUGCAGCUGCGCCUCACUUGCCAGGGUCCUCAGCCUCACUGCUGGGGCGGGUGGGGCUCCGGCUGCUCAGUUCCUUGGCCCCCCUCUUCCCUGUGCAAUGUUAAGGGACUGUUUCCAUAGCUCCUCUUGACGCCUUGACGGACUGUAGUCUGUGGACUGAAAUAACACCUCCCCACAGAAGAGAAGAAGCUGUUGCUGUGUCUGGGUGCCAGGAUACACUGACCAGGCUGUGUCACCUAUCUAGCUAUCGCCUUACCCCUUAGGAGUUCAGGAGUCUACAGCUGACCCUAGCAGCUCCCACACAGCCACACCUCCCACACUGUCCCAUUGUGUCAGGUGGCUCUCAUACCCAGCAUAGGUGCAAGCGACAGCCGUGUUCCUUGUAUGUGGAUAUACUGUUCUGCUGUAUGGGUGUGGAAACUGAGGCCCUGGGAGGAAUCCAGUUAGUCUGUUGGAGGAAAGGACACUGGACAGAGAUAUUGGCAACACCCAGGGUCCUCUCUCCAAAGCUUCUGACCCCAGGUUGUGACCAGGUGUGAGGGAGGGGCUGCCAUGGCCCUCUCUAGGUUGUAGGGUUCAGGGGCAGGCUGGAAGCAAUGGGACACAGACCGGCAGGUGGGGCCCACAAAGGUGGCUGGUGUGGGAAUGAGUCUCAACCAUGACCCAAGGUGCAGUGGGAGGCCAGGCCAGGCAAAGUCCUUCGGGUGGAACAGCACCAGACACAAGGAGGACACAAAGGGGAACACCCCCAACAAUGACUAGGAACUGAGCAUGUGUGUUUGGGUGAUGUAAUCCCUGGAGCAAGCAGACUGGGUGGAGAUCCAGAGGCUCGGGCUCUGUUGACCAACAACUGUCCUGGAAAGGUAGGUGGCUGUGAUGGCUGAGAGGAGCAUGGGCAGGAAGGGCUGGCAGGCCAGCGAGUCGCCCUUUGUCUGGAAGACUGCCGGAUGGCCCAGUGCCCUGCAGGAGCAGAAGGGCGAGCUGCGCAAGCGGCUGUCCUACACCACGCAUAAGCUGGAGAAGCUGGAGACGGAGUUUGGCUCCACUCGUCACUACCUGGAGAUUGAGCUGCGGCGGGCUCAGGAGGAGCUGGACAAAGUCACGGAGAAGCUGCGCAAGAUUCAGAGCAACUACUUGGCACUGCAGCGGAUCAACCAAGAGCUGGAGGAUAAGCUGUACCGGAUGGGCCAGCACUAUGAGGAAGAGAAGCGUGCGAUGAACCAUGAGAUUGUCGCCCUCAACAGCCACCUGCUGGAGGCCAAGGUGACCAUUGACAAGCUGUCAGAGGACAACGAGCUCUAUAGGAAGGACUGCAAUCUAGCGGCCCAGCUGCUGCAGUGCAGCCAGACCUACGGCAGGGUCCAUAAGGUGUCCGAGCUGCCCUCGGACUUCCAGCAGCGUGUGAGCCUGCACAUGGAGAAGCAUGACUGCAGCCUGCCUUCCUCACUCUGCCAUUCGGCCUACGCUGACAGCGUGCCCACCUGCGUCAUCGCCAAGGUGCUGGAGAAGCCAGACCCUGGUAGUCUGUCCUCGCACCUGUCUGAAGCCUCUGCUCGCGACCUGGGCUACCGCGACGGAAUGGAGAAGUCUGGCUCACGACCCCAGUACAAGGAAGACAUCUACUGCAGCGACACAGCUCUCUACUGCCCUGAUGAGCAUGAGCGCCAGCGCCAGCGUGACCGGCGUCCCAGCGUCGACACGUCCGUGACCGAUGUGGGCUUCCUGCGUGCGCAAAAUUCCACCGACAGCGCCGCAGAGGAGGAGGAAGCCGAGGCUGCGGCCUUUCCCGAGGCCUACCGCCACGAUGCCUUCCCGGGCUACGCGGCCUCGCUGCCCACCUCCAGCUCCUACUCCAGCUUCAGCGCCACGUCCGAGGAGAAGGAGCACGCGCAGGCCAGCACGCUGACCGCCUCGCAGCAGGCCAUCUACCUGAAUAGCCGCGACGAGCUCUUCAACCGCAAGCCGCCCUCUGCCACCUAUGGGAGCAGCUCUCGCUAUGGCAAGGCCGCGGCCACCCUGGCCUCCCCGCUCGAGGCCCAGGUAGCCCCAGGCUUUGCUCGGACAGUGUCUCCGUACCAGGCCGAGUCCUACCGCUACUCGCCCUCCGCAGAUAGCCCGCAGACUGCUAUGCCUCCAAACCUGUGGAACCUGAGGGCCAAGCCAACCGGUAAUCGUUUUGCCGGAGGAGACAUUCGAGGCCAUUGGCGCCCCCUGAGCGUGGAGGAUGUCGGCGCCUACAACUACCAGGCUGGCCACGCAGGCCGUGCCUCGCCCUGCAACUUCGGAGAACGUUUCUAUGGCGCUGGCCGUGGCCACGGCCGCCGCGGCCCUGGUAGGAGCCACAGCAACCAUGCUGAGGGCCGUGCCAGCCCCCUGUAUGCCUCCUACAAGGCUGAUAGUUUCUCGGAGGGCGAUGACCUCUCCCAGGGUCAUCUGGCAGAGCCCUGCUUCCUCCGUGCAGGUGGCGAUCUGAGCCUGAGCCCUAGCCGUUCAGUUGACGCUGGCUAUGCAGCCAGUGAGGGGGAUGGGGAUAGGCUCGGGGUGCAGCUGUGUGGGGCUGUCAGCAGCCCCGAGCCCGAGCAUGGUUCCCGGGAUUCCUUGGAGCCAAGCUCCAUGGAAGCCUCUCCUGAAAUACACCCUGGCAGUCGUCUCAGCCCCCAGCGGGCCUACCCCAGGACUGGAGGUUCUGGGCUUAGUCGUAAGGACAGUCUGACUAAGGCCCAGCUCUACGGAACCCUGCUCAACUGACUGCCACCAGUAAACUGCAGUCAGGGGCCCCCACCAAACCUGCCCCAUAUAGAGAGUAGUCAGCCCCCACGUGACCAAACCCAACCGAGGAACUCUAGUUCCUCUGACCCUCUUACCAACAACCCAGUAAAAACCCAAGAAGACAACCCUCUCUGCCACCGUGGUGUUCACCCCUAGCCUCUGCUACAAACUCCACCCAGAACAUUUACGCAGUGCGCCCUGCCCUGAAGUGAGCAUCCCCCGUUUUGUAAGUGAAGCUAUUUUUAUAGGGAAAAGGAUGUUUCUUCCUGUGCUUGCCUCCAGCUCCUUCAUUUCCAGUGAGGGUGUGUGGGGCCUGCCCCAGGGAAGGGGAGGCUGGGGCCCUAGGGAGACCAGUCUCCACAUGUGGGGAGAAGCUAGCAAGCCAGCAACAAGGGAAUGCUGAUAUUCUGUCCACUAAGGAGGGGAAACAGCCACUCAGGGCGCAGAAAUCAUCUUAAGCACCCAUCUCACAGUGCAACCAACACUCUGCCCUGAUCUACCCUGAGCUCGUCCCAUGGCCUGGCCUGUAGGCCCAAGAGAGGCCAGAGAUACCCCCUAGAAUAGCCGGUGCUUGGUCCUCCUCUUCCCCUCCCAACACCACCCGACUCUACCUCCUCCGACAUGAGGUUUCUCCCACCCCACCCCGCCCCGUGAACCUGUACUGUGUGAUGCAUGCCGUCUACUAGUGCUGUAGUUCAGACUCCUCAAUAAAGCACAGCAGUGAAAAAGAAUUCA